ACUUCCGCCCUUUUCUAGCAAGAGCCGAAAGGCCUUGGUGUAUGUUUACCGAAUCGCGACAAAUCUUAAGGUUGUCAUGGGUCGGUACUCUGUAGAGCCAGAUAAUGCCACGAAAUCUUGUAAGGCCCGUGGAUCUAACCUAAGGGUCCACUUCAAGAACACAAGGGAGACAGCCCAGGCAAUUAAGCGCAUGUCACUUCGCCGUGCCCAGCGGUAUUUAAAGAACGUUAUUGCAAAGAAGGAGAUAGUGCCCUUCCGACGAUUCAAUGGUGGUGUUGGUCGCAAAGCGCAGGCUAAGGCAUGGGGCUGCACUCAAGGCCGCUGGCCCGAGAAGAGUGCUGAAUUCCUGUGGCAGCUGCUGAGGAAUGCCGAGAGCAAUGCUGACUACAAGGGCCUCGAUGUUGACCGUCUCGUCAUUGACCACAUCCAGGUGAACCGUGCUCCCAAGAUGCGCCGACGAACGUACCGUGCCCACGGUCGCAUCAACCCCUACAUGAGCAGCCCCUGCCACGUUGAGGUGAUCCUGAGUGAGAAGGAGCAGGUGGUUGCUGCCCCUACUCCCGAUGAAGAUGCUCCCAAGAAGAAACAGUCAAAAAAGAAGAUGGCUCGCCAGAAGCUGAUGCAGCGCGACUGAGUCAUCUCACACCACACUGUAUCAUAAUGCUGUGGCCAUUAAAUGGUUUAAUGGCUCAUGUUCA